ACAGGGGAGGGUUCCACGGCCCGGCCGCUCCCCGAGCAGGUCUCCAGGGAACCGCGGCGGCGCUGGCAGAGUGACCGGAGUGGCAGUGACAUCGAGCCAUGGCCAAGGACGGGAGUGAGCACAGCGGGGGGCACAGUAGCGACUGGUUCUCUCACGAUGGACGGGAGCUGGGCGAGCUGGAAUCAGUAACAACCGCUUCACUAAAGCAUGUCCUGAACUCUGUAGCCGCUGUGGGCCAGGAGCACAGAAUGCCGCUGCAAUACAAAGCUCGGGUGCAGAAAGCAGGAAACAACAAUUUCCCAUUCUCUUCUCAUGACAACAGACAUGACAUAUGCAAUGCAGUCGAGUAUUUUGACCUGGGCAUGGGCGUGAGGAAGUUGGAUCCAGAGAAGCAGAGACAGAACUCCCAUAACUUCUUUGAGUGGUCUCGCGUGCCAGGCCGGAGCAGCAGGGAAGGCUUCGUCACCGUGUACCAGAGCACGUUUGUGUCAGGUCAGAGCCCCGAAAAGGAGGAGCAGUCUCACAGGCGCUAUCCCAAACACCACACCCAGAGCCACAGCGACCACAAACAAAGCUCCAGCCGUCCUCCUGCUGAGGAUGAGAAAGCCCUGAAGCCACACAAGACGUCUUAAUCAGCAGAACACCUCUGGAACAUCCACCGAGCAAAUCUGAGCCUUUCACUACUCAAAACAACGGUGAAGGAAUAAACCUUUGUGUGAAGUGCACGUGGCAGUACGGCUGAGUUCAUUACCUGACAUUACUCUGAAAACAUACGUUUCUAGAAAACCUUUAAAGAAGAGGAGCAUUAUAAGGAAAAACAAGAUUGUGCAUAUUUUUAGACAUACAUCUGCUAGGAGAACACAGACAGGGAUUGUGCUUGUGUUACCUGAUACUGGUUGACCCUCAUCUUGAUACAAAAGCUCCUUCAGCUUCUGAAUCAGUGGCAGGGCUGUACCUCAGGCAGCUGCCAGCACCUGUAUUGACACAGGAGCAUAAUGGACCUGGAUCCAUGAGGGAUUACCACAGCAGGGAGCCAAACCCCUGUGUGUUCAGGCAAGAGAGAAACAUUUCAGAAAGGUUUCAGAAAGGUUCAGAAGGUAGGUGACCAGCCAUUACAGAAAGUAGAUAAAAAAGAAGCUGUGCAUGGGAUUGCUGUGCAAAGUCAGUGUUGUAGCACAGCAGUUGUAGAAGUGAAAAAAGAUAAGAGUGUUGUGAACAACAUUUGUGCACUCAAAAAUUAAAUUCAUGGCUGUAAGGGGGAAAAAAACUUGAGCUGAAGUGAAAGGCUGCCUGGAGGUUUGAGUUUG